CAAACACACUCGCUUUCUCACUUGAAAGAAGUUGAAUGGAGAGCAGGGAUGACCUGAAGUCCAUCCUCCCAUACUUGCCGCUGCUUCUCCGAUCAUCAUCACUCUUCUGGCCACCUCCCGUCGUCGAUGCCCUCAAGGAGCUCUCGCGGGGCCCGCGUCACAGCAACGUUGACACCGGAGAAGUUCUAUUCAUUGCAAUCUCCGACAUCCGCAAUUCCCUCUGCCUUUCAGAGUCCUCCCUUGCAGAAUCCACUUCCGACGGCUACUCCAUCUUCUUCGACGACUUGAUUUCUCGCGAAGAAGCGUCGAAAUGGUUCGAAGAUGUAGUGCCAGGGUUGGCUAGUUUGCUUUUGAGAUUUCCUUCGUUGUUGGAGGACCACUAUGAGAAAGCUGACGGCGGGGUUGUUGGGGGAGUCCAUACAGGGCUUCGUUUACUGGAAUCACAAGAGCCUGGAGUUGUGCUUCUCAGUCAGGAACUGGUGGGUGCUCUCAUUGCGUGUUCCUUCUUUUGUUUGUUUCCAACAAGAUAUAGAGAUGCCAAACAUCUUCCCAGGAUCAACUUUGAUCACUUGUUUGCGAAUCUAUAUGAUGCUUAUGACGAGAAACUUGAACAUAAAUUGAAGUGCAUAGUUCAUUAUUUUGGAAGGAUAUGUUCAUCUACACCGAUGAACAACGUGUCUUUUGAGAGAAAAGUUCUUCAUGGAGAACAUGAUUGUAGGUUUUGGAGUAAAUCCAAUGUCUCAUUAUGCUCCUUUGAGGUUUUCAAAUCUGGAUUUAUAGAAGAUCAAUCCAGGGAGGCUCUUGAAGUGGAUUUUGCAAACAAGUAUAUAGGAGGUGGUGCUCUCAGUAGAGGUUGUGUCCAGGAAGAAAUUCGAUUCAUGAUAAAUCCAGAACUAAUCGCUGCUUUGCUUUUCUUGCCUGCAAUGGAAGAUAAUGAGGCGAUAGAAAUUAUGGGCACUGAAAGAUUUUUGAACUAUACAGGAUUUGCUUCUUCUUUCCGGUUUUGUGGCGAUUAUGUGGAUGAAAAGGGCAUUGAUCAUCUUGGAAGGCGUAAGACGAGGGUGGUUGCCAUAGAUGCACUGCAUAGUCCUGGGAAGAGACAAUAUACUCUUCAAUGUCUUCUCCGGGAGAUCAACAAGGCAUUCUGUGGCUUUUCUGAUCAAGCAAAUCACCAUCUUCAACAAUUCUCUCAAGCCAGCUCACCCCGUGAAUGGCGGAGGAAUAAUGGUGAUCAAGAAGACAUGUGUGGAAGAUUGAUAGAUAAUCUCUCUUGUGUUGAACACCCUUCAUCUUCAGUUCAAGCAAUGGAAGGAAGUUGUGACAGCUUGCUGCUGAAUAUAAGACACAUGAAUGAAAAUUGUGAGCUCCCAGAAACUCGACUUGAAAUUGGAAUUGCAACUGGGAAUUGGGGCUGCGGUGUGUUUCACGGUAACCCUGAAUUGAAAGCAAUGUUGCAAUGGAUUGCUGCGUCUCAGGCUAUGAGACCUUUCAUCUCAUAUUACACCUUUGAUUUGGAAGCGUUGCAUUUGCUAGAUCAGGUGGCACAAUGGAUCAUAUCCCAUGAGUGGACCGUGGGGGAUCUAUGGGAUAUGGUAGUGGAUUAUUCGUUUCAGAGAUUAAGGGGAGAGACUCAUCUUGGUUUCUUUAAUUGGCUCCUUCCCUCGUUGCACUCGUCUGAAACCUCCGCAAUGUUGGACGACUCUUGUCCUUGAUCUCCAUUUUUCUAUAUAUCAUAUUGUACGCCUUGCUUCACUUUCACUUUCUCAGUAUAUGGAUCCACUUUUGCCAGUUGCCUUUUUCUUUGUAAUGCAUUGAUACUUUACUGGGCAUUUUGUUUCCGUUAAACAAGUUCAAGAUUCAUCUUAGUAUUUAGGAAUUAAUUUUGCAUAUUUAGAAACUAUCGAAUCUGAAUACGUCAAAAAAGUGGUACGAAAGAUUAAAUAU